CUCCUAUGUACUCCAAUAAUCUGCAGGGUUGUUCUUUGAAGCAUAAAUCACGUUACGCAAGAUAUAUACUAUACUUAGAGCAAGAUCAUUGCCUACUUGAUCUAACAGGAACUCUCCUUACCUUGGAGUUUUGCGGUCGGUUCUCCGGCUAAUAUUAUUGACAAGGUUCACCAAUAAGUCCCACGAGCCAGACCCCAGAACAAUGGCUAGUGAGGGGAGGACAUACCUCUCCUUGCUUCAAGCGUGUGAUAACUUCCCAUACGGCAUUGUGCCCUCGGACACAUACUACCUAUUAUUACUACCCAAUGAUGAUCAACCACAUGGGUAUCUACUUCCAGAGAUCGUCCAAAAGAUGCCAUGGACGUCUCACUUCCAAGUCAAUCACAGCACGCCGCAGACCGUUUCAGUGCUAGACUCCUCCCAUGGAAAAGACACAGCUAGCGCAGUCAAUGCGGCGUUCGCAGAGCUGAUCAAUAUCUGCAUCGAGCAGAACCUCUUCCACAUUCUAGAUGGCAAACACAGCGAACCGUUCGCAAUCGUGAGCGCAAAAUACCCCGUUCACAUGGAGCGCUUCGCUGCCGCGCUCUUUGGUAUUACUAGCCGCGGCGCAUACAUUACGGCGUACACCAAAAACCCCGAAGGGGAGAUGAAGCUCUGGAUCGGCCGUCGUGCGGCUCAUUUGUAUACGAGCCCCGGGAUGUUAGACGCGACCGUAGCAGGCGGCAUCAAAGCGGGCUCCAGCCCCCUCGAAACCAUCAUCCACGAAGCCGACGAAGAAGCUUCCCUCCCGGAGGAUUUAGUGCGUGAGCGUGUGCGCUCAGUCGGCGUCCUGACGUACAUCACCGCAACCGGCGCCGAUUUUCCCGGGGAAAAGGGGCUUAUCAUUCCGGACAUCAUAUACGUCCACGACCUCGAACUUCCCAGCGACGUCAUCCCGAAACCGAAUGAUGACGAAGUCGAGACGUUCUAUCCUAUGACUGUCGAAGAAGUACAAAAGGGGUUGCUGAAUGGGAACUUCAAGCCUGACUCAGCAGCUGUGCUUAUUGACUUCUUUAUUAGACAUGGUGUUAUUACUGCGGAUAACGAGAAGGAUUUUAUUGAGCUGAGUAUGCGGUUACAUCGUAGACUGCCUUUUAGAACGCCUUGAUACCGGGAUGAAGGUUUUACGUUAUGAUGAUUAUGGUCUAUACCUAAGAGAUGGUCGGGGACGCAUAGAAUUAGGAAUAGAUUGCCGUCACCAGGGCUGGGGAUGGCUUCUUGAGUAUGAUACCUGGGUAAAAGCUGAAUUAGUAUUGGAGGGGCAUCAUGCUACUCGAGGAGACUACUAUUUUCUUGUAGUUGCUAGCCCUUGGAUGCAGGAGUUCAAGCCGAAUAUCAGAAGUAUGAAGUAGGGAACUGUGAAAUCAAUUCGUAAGGGGGCUACUGAAGACGUUGGUAUGAUGGCCCAACCAAGGUGUGGCUAUGGUCUAUGGUCACCUCUACCUCGUGGUUUCAAAGGGUCGGGGAUCAAAGACAGGGGAAAUAAGUAAAGUACUAUGGCCCUAUAAUGGGAAUUUAUUGCUUAUUGUUACUUGGCGGGGUUAGAGUGAUUGAAGGAUAGAAACACUUCUAUACGUGAAGCAGUCAGGUAGAAUAGAAUAGCAA